UUCACAACUUCCUGUUUACAAAAAUUUCAAAAUGCUCAGCCAGAUAGCAUUUAUCAUCAUUAUGAAAUAAUUAUAACAGCUACGUCUGUUUCAAAUAAGCUGAUUUCCAUAGUAUGCAAUAAGCAGUACCAGUAAGUAUGGCGAAGGAAUCUGAGGUGUUGGACCAUACUUUAUGUCAGGAGAUGGCUAAAUAUGUUGAGGAAUUAACAACCAGUGGAAGACCAACCUUAAAUCCUGAUAUAAUGAAAAGUUUCAAGAAAAUUUGCAGAGUAUCAUCUUUGUAUUGUGAACAAGCAUACCAUCUUUUGAUUACUCAGCUUGAGAAAGGACAUUCAGAGAUAAGACUAUCAGCUUUCCAAAUGAUAGAGGAAUUAUUCAACAGAUCCCACUGCUUCAGAGAACUACUUAUUUCUAACUUUCAACAUUUCUUAGAACUAACAGUUGAAACAGAUUAUGAUAAUCCUCUACCUCCCCCUAAAGCUGCAAGUGAUUUAUUGAAGUCUAGUGCUUACUCGGCAAUUCAGAAGUGGUAUGAUAAGUUUGGGGAGGAAUACAAAAGACUCACUCUAGGAUUCAAUUUCCUCAAAACUUGCAAAAAGGUUGAUUUUAAUGGCAUUAGAUCAAGAACUGAACUACAGCAAAAACAAGAAAAGGAGAAAGAGGAGAAACUUAAGAAAAUUGCCAAAGAAAGAAUGGAGAAGACAUUAGAACAAAUGAAUGAAAUGCUAGAAGACAUCAAGAAUACUAUAACAGAAGCAAAAACUGGUUUCCAGUUGAUAUUACCGAGUCCUGAUGAUUUCUUCAUCGAGACAGGAGAGGGUGAGACAAGUUCAAUAACAAAAUCAUGUGUUAAGAAUAGUAGAACUGCUACCUGUACAGAGAUAGUUGGCGAAUCGUCAAAAACCUGUACAGUUACAGAUGGUGAAUUAUCAAAAACCUGUAUAGUGACAGAUGGUGAAUUAUCAAAAACCUGUACAGUAACAGAUGGUGAAACAUCAAAAACCUGUACAGUUACAGAUGGUGAAUUACCAAAAACCUGUACAGUGACAGAUGGUGAAUUAUCAAAAACCUGUACAGUAACAGAUGGUAAAACAUCAAAAACCUGUACAGUAACAGAUGGUGAAUUAUCUAAAACCUGUACAGUAACAGAUGGCGAAUCAUCAAAAACCUGUACAGUAACAGAUGGUGAAUCAUCUAAAACCUGUACAGUAACAGAUGGUGAAUUAUCUAAAACUUGUACAGUAACAGAUGGCGAAUCAUCAAAAACCUGUACAGUAACAGAUGGUGAAUUAUCUAAAACCUGUACAGUAACAGAUGGCGAAUCAUCAAAAACUUGUACAGUAACAGAUGGUGAAUCAUCAAAAAUCUGUACAGUAACAGAUGGCGAAUCAUCAACAUGUUUAGCGAUAGAUGGUGAACCAUCAAAACAUUUAGUUGUUGAUAAAGUGACUACAACAACCGACAAUGAUCUAACUUCUGAUUCAAACAGUAAUCAACUAGAAUGUGAGGUAAAAGAUUCAUCAGACUUGGAAAUUAAUAAUAUAUCCACAUGCAUUAGUAGUAAAAAUGACACUGAUAUACCCAGUGGUACAUUAACUAGUCAAAUUGAAAGUGAAAAUUGUUGUGAGGAUUUAGCUAUGGGUGAUAAAACAAACAGUUCUUCCAUCAAGGGAAGUAAUUCUGUCAAUAAUGAUUCUGAAAGUGAUGAAUAUUGUACCGAGAAUGAAAUGGACGAUGAUAGUGAAAGUGAUGAGGAAGAGAACGUCCUACAGGAACAUGGGCUACACAGUUUUAAAUAUAAUCUAUCCAUAGAUAUGACACCAGGUGUUGUGUCGCUACAGGAAACAGAUGAUAACAAAGAUCUUCUUCAGACUCUUAAAGAUCAUUAUAGACUGAUUGUUACUAAAUAUAAACCAACUGUCAACAAAUGGAUACAGAAUCUGACAAAGUAUGGAGAUAAAGAGGAUCUUACUAAGAGUGUGAUAGAUGUUAAAGCAGACCUGGAUAGUUUAUUGUCCAAGUAUAAUGAGAUGAACAUUAUACCUGAUGACAAACCUGAUGUAGAGGUAGAAGAUGAUAGUGAUGAUGACUUUGAAGAUGUUCCUGAGAAAGAAGGAUAUGAACCAACUAUACCUCCACACAAAAGAGCUGAAUAUGGAUUAGACCCAUUGCCAAAAUCAACAACAUCAGAGACUGUUACACAAAAACCCAAAGCCAGUACAAGCAAGAAUACCUCUGGUUUCUGGAGUCUGUCUCAAACAAUAGAACAGAAACCUGAAAGUGAUCCAACCACAAUGAAAGCUAACUUUCUACGUUUACAACAACAAACCUCUAGUACAUCAGCAACAGUGACUAGUAACCAGUCCAAACCUAAAGUACCAUUACAAGUCAAUGGAGACUCACAAAAAGACAAACUAUUGGAGAAGGCACCAGUUGUACCAUAUGGAGUAGACUUAGAACACUGGGAAAAUCCAGACAAAAUGGAGGCUCCUAUGGUUGUUAAUUAUGAUUGGCUCAAUACAGUGUGGGCAUAUACUGAACGUGAUAAUGGGGAAUCUAAAGCUGACCAAGAUGGCUUGGCAGCACUUAAGAAUAGAAGCAUAAGUUUUGCAGGAAAAUUUGAAGCUGUAAAGUGGAAAUGUAGAGCUCCUAUGCCUAAUGGAAAGUUCUGUGAAAGAAUGGACAGAUUUAAGUGUCCAUUCCAUGGAAAGAUAAUAGCCAGAAAUGACUCCGGACAGCCUACUGAUCCAAAAGACAUAGCCUCUCUGUCUAGUCAACAUGAUGAUAUUGAUAUAACAAGCAAUGACCAGUCCUAUUGGAGAGAUCCAGAACUAGAAGCCGAUAUUGAAGCAGCAUUAGGGAUAGACCUAGGCUCUAGUAAAGGUAAAAAGAAAGGAAAAGGUAAAGGCAAAGGUAAACAGAAAAAAUAUCCAAACUUAACAGACAUUACAGAGGUUAAAAAUACAUCAAGGAAUAGAUUAGAGAAGAAGAUAUUUAAAAGAUCUACAAUGAAAAGAGUUGCAGCUGACCUGGAUGAAUUAGACAAUAAAAAGGCCAGAGAUAAAUUUGGCAAUCAGUUUGUUUAUCAGAUGUCACAACGUUGAAUGAAAUACCAAAGUAUUUGUUUCAUAGAUGACCAAUUGACCAUGGUAUCUCACUAUCAGAUGUCCCAAGGAUGAAUGAUAUACCAUAGACUACUCUUAGUCUGCCAUUGUUGAAAUUUCUGUGUGUUGUGUUGGAUUUGAAACUUAAGAAAUGCUUUUGGCAGAAAAGGAUUGAGAGGAAUGACUGAGAAAACCCCCUCAUUGUAAAUAUAAUCAUGGAUAUAUACAAUUUGGACAACAGUCUAUCCUUUUUUUAUGCUGAGUGAUUCCUUUUCAUUUUUGUCUUCUGUUAUGAGUAAUAUAUUAUACAAGUAAAUAUAUCCAUAGAUACCACUACCUGGUGCCAGACACAUUGAGGUUUAAUACAGAUGGAUAGACACAAAGGCAAACAGGAAGAAAUGACUUUGUGAAUAUGAAUCAAUAUAACAAUUUAAAUUGAAAAAAGACUUGUAAGAUACAUAUAUAAUCAAUAAUAUUGCAGACAAUCCUUUUUGAUGAUGGCUCAAUACUAGUUUAUUGUAUAAUAGGUUUUUUUUAUUUAUUUGGAUCAGAUUCUAAUGGAAGAAUUUUUAUAUCAAGAUAUUAAAAUUUUAUAAACUGUUAUAUUUGAUAAAAGUGCCAUAAUUGUGUGUUUUUACAAUGUAACUUUAUUGGUCAUAAUUUUUUUUUGUGCUCUUUUAGAUUAUUUAUGCAUAUAAACUGUGAGGAUCACAUUAUUUACCAUGUCUCUCUCUCUCAUGAUUGUUCUAUUUCAUUUCAACAAAUUUCUCCAAGCCAGUGAAAAAAUGCCAAUAAAAAUUUCGGAAAUGUUCAGUACAUAAUAUUAUGCACCUAAAUUAAAUGCUUUGGUCAAAGUAAACAGUGAGAAAAGUUAUUUAUGAGUUUUUAUUAAAAGCACACCAUGGAAAUUUCCUUACCAAGAAAAAUGUUGUUAGUGAUUACAAUUAUCUGUUAUAUUUUUCAACAUUGGUGUUAAACAAUUAGGCAUUCUACAUGUGUUUUCAUGUCACUUUGUAAAAGUCAUCAGUAAAAUCUUCCUUUAGUAUAG